AAAAUAUUAUAACAAAAAUGUAUUGGAUUCUAUGCAUUUUACUUUUACAAAAUUUGGUUGAGUUUAUGGGUGAAAGCGUAGAUCCUAUAAAUGGUGAUAAUGUGUCUCAAUUGGGAAAGAAAAAGACUAAGCCAGAUUUUCAAGAUUUCGACUUGUCCAACUCGAUAUUUUCAUCACUAGAAGACUACCAAUUCGACGCAAAGGAGAUAAGCGAGUCACAAUAUCCAUGGAUUGCUAGAGUCGUACACUCGAUCACAAACGACUAUCCCCACGUUUGCACGUGCUCGUGUAUUGAUAAAUUUAUUUUCAUUACAUCUGCUAGAUGCUUGACUAUCCUUCAAGUAUAUUACACAAGAGUUAUGUACAACGGUUACAAAUUCCCAGCCAAAGCUUUUAUUACACCGACUAAUAGAACCAAACAGAGUUACGACGAUAUAGGCUUCAUAGUUGUUAUGACCGACACGGAUUACAAAGGCAAGUGGGACACUGUACAAUUAUACGAUAAGAAUCGCACUGAUAAUUAUUGGAGGUGGUUUGCUGAACUCUUGAAGAGCGAAGGGAACGGAGACCAUAAAGCGAUUGGAUUUGCAAUAAAAAAGAGGAAAAACCGAUUAAAGGCACCUGAGAGAAAAUUUCUGCUUUCUGAACUAGAAGUUGUUCUCGGAAUGGAGUUGUGUGCUGAAAUCUAUACGGCUAAUUACAAAAUCAAAGGAUUUUAUGUCCCUUGUUACUUUGGGUGUGAUUUAGAAGAAUUUAGAAAAGAGAAGAACUCAACGAGAUGUUCCAGAGCCCAUGGGGUAGAAGGCGGAGCUGUAUAUAAUACAAAGACCAAUCAACUUUUCGGCGUGACGACCUGGGGUUCUUUUUAUUCCAAGCAUGAAAUGCCAUGGGGUUUCUCCAUACCAAAUUCGGAAAAUUUCUUUAUGGACAAGGAAUGUGCCAUUAAGAUACGGGAUGAUAAAACAGAAGACUUAAAGCCUGGAUAUUUGCAAACAUUAUGUCCUAAUUAAUUAUAAUAAAAUUGGACGUUGUUAUAAUAAAAACUUCCAAAUUACAAUUGGCAAGUUUCGAGAAAAUGGAAGUCGAAGCUUCCGAAAAUCUUAACUGUUGCUAGAAUUCUCAACCAAUCUUCAUUUUUUCGUCAAAUUAAAGUUUUCAUUACAUAGUUUCAUAUCUUACCAAAAC